GGGGCUAUUUUAGUUGGAAGUUGGUUUAUAAAUAAGAAAGAUAGGGGAACGGGAGAGAAGGCUCCUUUCAUCAACUUCUCCGUCGUCACGCCGGUUCAUCCUCUCUCUCUCUCUCUCCGUCUUCCUGAAUGCCUCACCCGUGUUCAGGUAACAUUGUGGCUGGGAUCUCAAAGCGGAGGAGCGAGGAACUAAUUAAAUUAAGUUUGUGCAGAGGGCAUGAUCGAUUGAAAAAUGGGUAGAGGAGAAAUUGUAUUUAUCAGGUGAUCGGCGAAUUAAAAAAGAAAAAAAAAAUUAUGGAUCCAGUGGUUGCUGACAGAUGCAACCUUGUUCGUGAUCAGAAUCACAAGUGAUGGUUUCGCAAGCCAUAAUAUUAAUUACGUUAAGAAGCUGAUCUUCCUUUCUGCUGGAAUGCUGCCCCACUAAUUUUGAAUUGCAUGAAUGCUUGGGCUUAGAUCUUCUUCUUCUUCUUCUUCACCGAGAUGGCUGUAGCUGUCGAUCAACAACAUCAUGGAUUCAGUAAGUCGUUUGGCCUACCACCACCACCACCACGGAGAAGCAAACACCAAUCCCAAUCCCAUUCUCAUCUCGAGUAUUACAACGACAUCGUCAUGCCCGAAUUUGCCACCAAAACUAAUUUUGCUCACACCUACUCCUUUAAGGAAGCCUACUUUGAGCAAGUUUCCCACCUUGGCACUCAUCGAAGCUUCUCCACCCCAUGCCUACCCCUCCUUACGACCGCCACCACCAGUACAUUGGAUUGGGAAGAGGGAGAAGAAGAGUUUGAUGAUGCUGUUGCUGCUAAUAUUCCAAAGAUCAAGAUCAUUGGUGGCCAGAAUGACCUGAGAGCACGUGCUCUUGUAGUCGAGAUUGCCAUGGCUAUGGCCUUCGGAGGAGUUGUAGAUCCAGUGCCCAUAUCAAGCAGUGGGGGGCCAGGCGGUGCUUACUUCUUACAUGAUAAAAAAAAAUCUACUAACUAUGAUUGUACCUCCAACCCCGUUAUUGCGGUGGUAAAGCCCAUUGAUGAAAAGCCUCUAGUCUUAAAUAGACUUGAAGGAGGAUUUGUUGCAGGCCAACGAAUGAUGGGCCAGAUGGGCAUAAGAAGCUCGAUUCGGGUGGAUGAAACUGGUGUCCGUGAAUUGGCUGCUUACCUCCUUGAUCACAGUGGUUUUGCCGGGGUUCCUCCAACAGCACUAGUCAAAAUUUCCCAAGUUGCAUUUCAUCAUCAUCAUCAUGUCAAUUUAAUUAAGGAUGCACACAGUAUUGCAGAUGCAAAAGCUCCAACACCACCACCAGUACGGCCACCUUUUUAUAAGAUAGCUUCAGUUCAACGAUUCAUAGAGCACGUUUCUGAUGCAGGAGACUUGGGUCCUUCUGCCUUCUCUGUCUCUUCUAUCCAUCGUAUUGGGAUACUCGAUGUUAGACUCCUGAAUCUUGAUAGGCAUGCAGGAAACAUGCUUGUAAUUGAACAAGGACGAGGAAAUGAUAAGAGUUCUGUGGGAGGAGGAGCUCAUGAGCUCAUGCCUAUAGACCAUGGACUUUGCUUGCCGGAGUGGCUGGAUGAUCCGUAUUUUGAGUGGUUGCAUUGGCCUCAAGCCUUGGUUCCCUUCUCUGACUCUGAAGUCGAGUACAUACGCAAUCUUGAUCCAUUCAAAGAUGCUCAACUUCUCAGGAAUGAGUUUCCUAAUUCUAUGAGGGAGUCCUCCAUUCGGGUUUUUGUGUUGUGCACCAUUUUUUUGAAGCAAGCUGUUGUUGCUGGGCUCUGUCUUGCCAACAUAGGCGAAAUGAUGACUCGGGAGUUUCGUGGAGGAUCGGAAGAACAUUUGAGCAUUCUAGAGAAUAUUUGCUUCAAUGCAAAGAAGGCUAUGGUCAUGCGCACUAGUAUAUUGUCAUUAAAUGACGACAGAAAUUGCAUUGCUCACCAUCAAUGUGAGGAAGAAACGGGAAUAUUUCAGCUUGACAACAAUCACAUUGAAUGUAACAAAAUGCGUGGGGGUCACAUUUGUUUUGGGGAAAUCUGUGAAGAAGAAUGGGAAUUGUUCCUUGAGAAUUUUGAGAAGCUUUUGCCAGAGUUCUUUGAGAGCCGGAAGAAUACGGGCUCGAUGAAUCAGCAGUAGUAGAGACCAGAGUUUGGCAACCACUGCCUCUUAUUGCUUUGAGUAGUUCCGAACUGUUAGAGUUAACAAAAUGCAAUGACGAAUCGGGGGAAAAAAAAUGCCAAUGGGACAUGGAAGGCAACGAAAGACAUAGAGCAUUGUAUAUAGUAGGGCCACUUGACCGGAAAAGCGAUUGGCAGGCUGCCAUCCUUUCCGUCUCACUUCCAGUUUCAGCUACAGGUUCCCCACUUUCAUUCUCUCUUUAUCAUGUCUUGUACAUUAUUUCUUUCCUGGCCUAAAAUAUGUUAUAAAAUUUUCAAUUA